CCACCUUCUCAACUUAAUCCAUUUCUCGGUUCCUGGAGCGGUCGCGGAAUAUUAGGCCCUCCCGACGCGCCCUAAGGUGCCAUCUCUCCCACUUUCCCUCUGUCUCUCUCUCGCUCUGUCUCCUCUGCCUCUCGGCCUUCUCUAAAUCUGCGGAGCCAAUUUGCCUGCUCCCUCGUUAUAAAUCUCGCGCAGCUGUCCUGCCUGCGAGCCAGAGACGCCGUUCCCCUUUUAUUACUCGCUAAUUCUCCAAUUCUCCAAUUCUCUCCCUGCUCUACUUUGCUCUACGCAAACUCUCUACGUCCUUGUGUCGCUCAUCUCUCUCUCUCUCUCUCUCUCUCUCUCUCAAUAUCUCUCUCGUUCUCUUCAAGUGUGCUUCGUAGUUCGCAUCGCAGACUUCUCGUGCACGGGAAUCGAAUUGCGUGCCUUUCGAGUCGAGGUUGGUGGUGAAAUUGUGUGCUUAGGGAAGCGAAGGGAAAGGAAAUCGAGGGAAGGCGAUUGAAUUGAAUUGAAUUGAAUUGAGGAGGGGCGAGAGGCUUUUGCAACAUGGCGCAGAUUGUAGGAUUGAACGCUCUGACAAGCAAGAUUGGCACUCCGCUCGGGAGUUCGUUCAAGGGCGAGUCGCUGCCGUGUCCGAUUCCCAGCCGAGCCGUGGGUUUCGGGCUCGAUUGCAAGUCGGGCGGCCGGAGCUACAGCCCCUGCUCCAGCCCCAGUCCUCCUCGUGUCGGCACUGCUGCCGCGUUCAUGACUGAGACUGAGCUGGACUGCUACCACAUCCUCGGGGUCAGUCGUGGCGCCUCGAAGCAAGAAAUCAAGGGCGCUUUCCGUGCCCUGGCGAUCCAGUUUCAUCCGGAUCUCAACAAAGGCGAACACUUCACCGCCAAGAUGGCCCAGAUCACCGGCGCUUACGAGCGCGCCUUGAACCAGCUUCCUCCGCUGAGCGAUGACAGGAGGCCUUGCGGCGGUGACGAGUACAUCGAAGGAUGUUAUGGAGUGGGUGAUGAGCACUGGGACUCGUGGGAAGAGUGGAUGGGGUUCGAGGGCGCCGGCACAUAUGAUUACUCGAACCACAUCAGACCAUGAUCUCUCGAUUGAUUACCUUCUUCUUUCUGAGCCCUAGGAGAGGACCUGCGCACUCACCUUGUACAAAUAGCGUGCGAGUGUGUAUGGUGUUGUACAUAGAUUGAGCAUCGACAGGAGUUGUAGCUCGUAGUCGGAAACAUGUAGGAGACGAUGUUUUGACAGUCCCGUAGUCCAGUAAAGGCUCUGAAGCGAUGGACCAUUGUGUGGUCAGUGUACAUAGCGAAGAGAAGAAAGCGAUACUGACUAUUGUAGGGAGGAUCUGUAAUAGCUCCUCAAACCUCACUCCCUUAUAGCGAGUCCAGCUGUACAGGUCACGCUGGCGACUUCCAUCGGGAAGAAAGAACAAACACAUAUUUGUAAGAUUGUGGUUCACUGGGUAUGGAGCAAGCUUCAAACGCAGAAGCGUCUGCUAACUGCUUUGAUGUAUACGGUUCAACUUGGAAAUAAACUGUAUCGACGUUCACG